UGAAAUUCGUAAAUUCUUUCUCAUUACAAUAUAAAAUUUCAAGAACUUUGUGGUACCAAACAAUAAUGGAACUAAUUUAUCAAAAGAAAAAAAAAAACAAAGGAAUUCUUUUCUGUUUCUGCACUUAAUACAUGUGUUGUAUUCCAUCUAGCAACCACUAUGCAGAUUGUAGAAACUUGAGAUUUUUAAGAUUCAGUAGUCUUGCCGCUAACAGAAAGUAGGGCAGCUGUUUCCUUGGAUGGAAAUAGACGUAAAAAUAUUCAUAAUAACUCAUGCAUAGCCUCUUAAUCCCUUUAGUUAGAUGAAAUAAGAUAACUACGGAGGGAGAGGGAAACAGUCAUAAAAUUUAGUAAAAAAUAGGGGAGCGAAUAGGAUUGAUUGAUAUACUUGGCCCAACGACAACAAUGUGUUAUGACUUGAUCAAAAGAAUUGCCGCCCCACGGGGUUAUCCGGAGUGGUUAGUGCGUAGAAAGUUACCCAAUGAGAUCGUGGGUUCGAAUCACGGGGUAGUCAGGGCGUAAAUCCCUGGUCCUCAUGUUCCUCUUCCCAAUGCGCACUAGCUUCUCCGGUUACCGUGACUAACCUCCCUCGUGAUGACUUUGGAUAAGGUACGGCGGAGACGCUGGGGGCUAGCAUUAUCGCCUUUUGCCCAAUUGAUCAAAAGAAUUGCCAAGACAAUGAAUGCAUUAGGCCCCGCAAGAUGUAAAAGAAGUCUACGAGGUCUCCUACUACGUGUAACUCACGACAGAUGAAACAUUCAACCAACAGCUAGUCAACUGCAAAGUAAACGGUUCCAAGUGUUUUAAGUCGAUUGUGUUGAAUAUGUUUAGAUUGCAUUAUCUCAUCAAUAUUAUUGGUUCAGUCGUCCCUCAUCAGCUUGGUUUCCUCUUGUUCACAACUUAUUCUGUAAUCAUGAACCUAAAAUUGUUGCCAAAAUCCACAACCAUCCGCCUCUGGGUUUGCAUCUGUUACUACACGACAUCAAGUAUGGCCAACAACACAACCGGGUGUGAGCCCAAGAGCUGUGGAGAUCUUACCAACAUCAGCUAUCCCUUUUGGCUGAGUGGCUAUCAACCUUCCUUCUGUGGCUAUCUUGCUUUUGAACUCAACUGCAGCAACAAUGUCCCAAUUCUUGUGAAUCCGUAUGCAGGCUUGCUCCAAGUCCUUGCCAUCAACUAUGGGAACAACUCCUUUCAAGCAGUGAACACACUGAUCAAUGAUUUCUGCCCAAUAUCUUCCUAUAACAACAUUUUGAAUCCCACCAAAUACUUUAGAGUUAGCAAGGCAAACAGAGAGCUCUUCUUCUUGAACAAUUGCAAGGUGCCACCAUCCAACUAUUCCAAAAGAAUACAUUGUUCUCCAAGCGACACAUUCGCAUAUCUUGGUGGACAUUACGGCAACUCCAGUCCUCCAGCAUCAUCAUCAUCAGGGUGCAACAUAGCCACUGCACCUGUUCUGAUCGAAGGAGAAGAGGAAGAAGACUAUAUUGGACUACUGAGUAAGGGAUUCCUGAUGGAGUGGCAAGAUGUGGCUGACUGCUCCGAGUGUAGAGUGAGUGGCGGGACAUGUGGAUACAGCGAUCCUAAUUCAGCUUUCUUGUGCAUCUGCAACAGUGGAUGGCAUUACUCUAGCACUUGCAAUGAUGGGCCAAGUGGUUCUGCUUCAAGAAAGAAGGCUUUACGGAAACAACAUAUAGCACUAGGUUCAGUCACAGGUGUAGUCGGUCUCAUCUUAUUCAUCCUCAUGUUAGUCCUCUAUGCUCAAAAAGGAUUCGGAAAAACUACAAUUUUUUUGUACCAAUCAAAGAACACACAACAGAUUGAAACCAUGCUUGCAGAAUAUGGUUCCCUUGCACCUAAAAGAUACAAAUGUUCAGAUUUGAAAAAGAUCACAAAAUCUCUCAGUGAAAAACUAGGGAAAGGAGGCUAUGGAAGUGUGUUCAAAGGUACACUCCAAGAUGGUCGUUUGGUAGCAGUAAAGAUACUGAGCAACUUCACAGAAAAUGGAGCAGAAUUUAUUAAUGAAGUCAUUAGCAUUGGCAGGACUUCUCAUGUCAACGUUGUUAGUCUACUUGGCUUUUGUUUUGAUGGUAAAAAACGAGCUCUAGUUUACGAAUUCUUGCCCAAUGGAUCUUUGGAAAAGUACAUUUAUUCUGAGAAGCCAAAAUUAACACUGGGAUGGGACAAACUAUACCACAUAGCAAUCGGUAUCGCCCGAGGAUUAGAGUAUCUUCAUCGCGGAUGCAGCAUGCGCAUUGUACAUUUUGAUAUAAAACCACACAACAUUUUACUAGACGAGGAGUUUUGCCCCAAAAUUUCAGAUUUUGGAUUAGCAAAGUUGUGCCCUCAAAAAGAAAGCAUACUUUCCAUGGCUGAUGCAAGAGGAACAAUAGGAUUCAUUGCACCAGAAGUAAUUUCAAGAAAUUUUGGAUCAGUUUCCACAAAAUCUGAUGUCUAUAGCUAUGGGAUGAUGAUCUUGGAAAUGGUUGGUGGAAGAAAAAAUGUGAAGACAUGUGCAGAAAGAAGCAGUGAAGUUUAUUUUCCGCACUGGGUUUAUGAGCAUCUUGAUCAAGAUAGAGACCUUCAAGCAUACGAUAUAACAGUCGAAACAGAAGAAAUUGCAAGGAAGAUGACAUUGGUCGGUUUGUGGUGCAUCCAAAUUAUGCCAGCAAACAGACCUUCCAUGACCAAGGUGAUUGAAAUGUUGGAAGGAAGAAUCGGUGACAUCGAAAUGCCACCAAAGCCUUCCUUUUCUUCUCCUAUUCACUCUGCCGUUGACUCUCCCAAUGAUGCAUUGCAAUUGGCUUGACAUGCACUAUCCAUGCAAUCACAACCAGUCAAGCUUAAAAUUGUAUAAGAUAACAAUUCAUGGACAAUUCUACCACUCAUCUACAUUUGGGGGUGUAUCAUUUAUUGUUUUAGCGCAAGCAUGUAAUUCAUGAGAUGAAAACAUUUACUGCUGGAUUCACAAACUCCAAAUUAGUAUUG